CAUCACAUCCCUCGUCCUCGUCCUCGUCCUCGUCGUCGUCGUCGUCCUCUUCAUCCUCUUCUUCAUCUCUCAACACACUCUCUUUCUCAUCCUCACUCUCUCUCUCUCCCUCUCUCCCUCCCUCCCUCACGCUCUCGUCGACGACAACUAGUGGCUGGCCCACACCUCACACUCUCUUCGCGAGUCUCUCUCUCUCUCUCUCUCUAAUCCCCAAUCUCCACCACCACCACCACAACCACAACCACAAUGCUGUUCAACCUCCUCCCCUACCUCGCCCUCGCUGGCAUCGCCGCUGACACUGUCACUGCCUCGCCUCAUCCCGCUCACGGUCACGGCAUCGCUCGUCGUCACCACGCUCGCCAGCAUGCCCGUCACGUCACCCCCAACAUCGCCCGUCGUGGUGCCGAGUUUGGCUACAAGAACGGUCAGAAGUGCCGCGUCCGUCCAGCCGGUCAGGGUAACGCCGCACCCGCUCCCGCCGCCGAGGAGCAGCAGCCUCCCGCUGCCGACAACCAGCAGCAACAGGAGCAGCAGCAGCAGCCCCCUGCCGCUGACCAGCAGCAGCAGCCUCCAGCUGGCGACAACCAGCAGCAGCAGCAGCCCCCGCUCGAGAACAACCAGCACAACGUUGACUCGCCUGACACUCCUGACACCCCGGACACUCCCGACACUCCCGACACGCCUGACCAGCCUGGCAACAACGAGACUCCCGCCGAGACUCCAGAGACCCCCGAGACCCCCGAGACUCCAGAGACGCCCAACCCCCCGACCAGCCCCAACACCCCCACCGGUGGUAACUCGGGCAAGCGCGGCAUGAUCUGGCCCAACGGUGACUGGGCAAAGGACAUCCGCAAGUACAUUGGCCAGGGCGGCAUCAGCUGGUACUGGGCUUGGGAGCACGCUCCGUCCAAGUGGGCGGCCGAGGCUGGCCUCGAGUUCGUCCCCCAGUUCUGGGGUCCUCAAAAGUACGACAAGUGGUACGAGCAGAAGGCCAACAACUGGAACGGCCAAAAGGUCUCACACGUCAUGUUCUUCAACGAGCCCGACCUGCAGAACACGUACGUCGCCUCGGGCGUCUCGCCUCAGGACGCCGUCUCGCACUGGCACCAGGAGAUGGCUCCUCUGCGCGCCCAGGGCAUCCGCAUCGGCUCGGCCGCCCCCGCCGGCGCCAACAAGAACUGGAUCGUCGAGUUUGAGCAGGCCUGCGGCGGCGCUUGCAACGCCGACUUCAUCACCAUCCACGUCUACGUCAGCGACGUCGAGAUCUUCAAGAAGACGGUCACGGACGCGUACAACCAGAACGGCAACCGCCCGAUCUGGGUCACCGAGUGGGCGUGCCACGACUUUGGCGGUGGCGGCGGCAACUGCGCCGACCCCGCCGGCUUUGUCACCCAGGCCACGCAGUGGAUGGACAGCCAGCCUUGGGUCGAGCGCUACUCGCUCUUCGGCUCCAUCUCGGAGCUCCACGGCGUCGACACCAAGUGCGGUCUCAUGAACACCUGGGACCCCUAUGACCCCACCAGCCUCUGGUGGAACUACAUCCACGCGUAAGCGUGGAGGAUGCUUCUCCAGCCCCAGCCCCAUCCCCAUCUCCAACCUCUACCUUUCGCCUCUUCGCUUUCUGUCCUUGACACUUUAAACUUUGAUCGGGCUGGUCCCGUUUUCGCUAGUAUAUGGAUUGUCAUGUCUCUAUG